AUGGAGAAAGAUAUGGAAAAUGACAUGGCAAAGGAUAUGGAGAAAGACAUGGAGAAAGACAUGGAGCUAGAGAAGUCGUCACAAGACCCCUUUGCCGGCGAAGAGGUUGGCGGAGUGCGGUACAGGACUAUGAAGUGGUGGAACUGUGCAAUCUUGAUGAUUGCUCAGUCUGUCUCAUUGGGAGUUCUCUCCCUCCCGUCAUCAAUGGCAGUCUUGGGUCUGGUCCCUGGAUGUAUCAUUAUUGUUGGAAUUGGGGCAUUGACGACCUACACCGGAUAUGUUGUCGGCCAAUUCAAAUUGCGAUACCCUCAAGUCCACAACAUGGCAGACGCUGCGGAGAUCUUAGGCGGCCCUUGGUGUCGUGAGAUUACGAAUGUCGCCCAGGUUGUCUGUUUUAUCUUCCUUAUGGGCGCUCAUGUCUUGACAUUCUCUAUCAUGAUGAACACUCUUACUAACCACGGGACGUGUACCAUCGUUUUCUCUGUGGUGGGGACUAUCCUCUGCUUCAUCCUUACCCUUUCAAGGCGCCUGGAGGAAGUUUCGUAUCUGGGGAUUAUCUCCUCGCUAUCAAUCUUCACCGCGGUGAUGAUUACCAUGAUCGCUAUUGGAAUUGACAUGCCCGAUCCCAGAACAUACGCUAUUACCCAUCCAACUCUGAUGAACGGCUUCUCCGCGACUCUUAACAUUGUCCUCGCCUAUUCCGGCCAUAUGUCAUUUUUCAGCUUCCAGUCCGAGCUGGCAGAUCCAAGAGACUACCCCAAGGCGCUGAUUGCCUUCCAAGUAACAGACACAUCGCUGUAUCUCGUUACUGCCAUCGUGAUAUACCGAUACGCCGGACCGAAUGUCCUCAGCCCCGCCCUGCUGAGUGCAAGCGAACUCGUGUCGAAAAUCGCAUUCGGCAUCUCUAUCGGCACGAUCGUCAUUGCUGGAGUGGUCAUUUGCCACGUCGGUGCAAAAUGCAUCUAUGUGCGGAUGUUCCGUGGCACCCAUAUGAUGAGCGAGAGAUCUUUCCGUUCAUAUGGCAGUUGGGUACUGAUCACUUUCAUCAUGUGGGUUAUCGCGUGGUUGAUCGCAAACGCCAUCCCUGUGUUCAACGAUCUGCUCAACAUGAUCGCGGCGGCGUUCUGCAGCUGGUUUUCGUUCGGUCUGGAGGGCCUCUUUUGGUUGAAGAUGAACCGCGGACAGUACCUUUCAAGCAAACGAAAGAUGGCCUUGGCUGCACUCAAUAUCUUCCUUGUUGCCCUGUGUUGUCUGAUUUGUGGAAUGGGUCUCUGGGCCACUGGAACGAGCAUUCGGAUCAAUGCGCAGAAUGCACACAAACCUUUCUCCUGCGCAAACAAUGCUUAA